GAAGCGUAUCAGUGUGAUGGAGGAGUCGGUGUGAGGCGGCUUUAACAUCUCGGUUAACUAGCGAGAUUUUGUGAAUAAAGAAAUAUACCUUUCUUCUGGAUUGCAAUUUAAGUGGCCUCAACAUGGGCUGUGUGGGGACCAAACCGGAGCAGGAUCCUAUUGGCAAAUCAAUGGGCAGCGAUGACAAUCGCAACCAGACAGCACAUUACACCAAAGACCCAACGGCAGGCUCCAAAGCUAACAGAACCACCUCCAACCCAGCUCCUGGGUCAGAUACUUCAGAGAACAUUACCAUAGCUCUGUAUGACUAUGAAGCUAUGCAUGAAGGUGACCUGGGCUUCAAGAAAGGAGACAGACUCAAAAUCCUUCAGGAGUCAGGUGAAUGGUGGAAAGCAGCAUCUCUUAGCACUGGUCAGGAGGGCUUCAUCCCCAGUAACUAUGUUGCCAAGGAUACUCUGGAAACUGAAGAGUGGUUUUUUAAAGGUGUCAGCAGAAAGGAUGCAGAGAGACAGCUGCUGGCAUCUGGAAACAAAAUAGGAUCUUUUAUGAUCAGAGACAGUGAAACCACCAAGGGAAGCUACUCUCUGUCUGUCAGAGACUGCGACCAAACAGGAGACGCUGUGAAGCAUUAUAAGAUCCGCACGCUGGAUAAUGGCGGUUUCUAUAUUUCUCCACGGAUCACCUUCAACACCCUGCAGGAUCUGGUCAGCCACUACAAGAAGCAGAGCGAUGGGUUGUGCCAAUCUCUCACUAUUCCCUGUCUGAGUCCCAAACCUCAGAAACCUUGGGAGAAAGAUGCUUGGGAGAUCCCACGUGAGUCCCUCAAACUGGACAGACGUCUGGGAGCAGGCCAGUUUGGAGAGGUCUGGAUGGCGACAUACAACAAGCACACAAAAGUGGCAGUGAAGACUAUGAAGCCUGGCAGUAUGUCUGUGGAAGCUUUCCUCAUGGAGGCCAACUUAAUGAAAUCCAUCCAGCACGACAAACUGGUCCGUCUCAACGCUGUGGUCACCAAAGAGGAGCCCAUAUACAUCAUUACAGAGUUCAUGGAGAAAGGCAGUUUACUGGACUUCAUUAAAAGCGAUGAAGGGAAUCGUGUCCAGUUGCCCAAACUGAUUGACUUCUCAGCACAGAUAGCAGAAGGCAUGGCUUACAUUGAGCAGAGAAACUACAUUCACAGAGACCUUCGUGCUGCCAACAUCCUGGUCAACAAGAGUUUAGUGUGUAAGAUUGCUGAUUUCGGAUUGGCCCGUAUCAUAGAGGACAACGAAUACACUGCCAGAGAAGGUGCAAAGUUCCCCAUAAAAUGGACCGCUCCAGAGGCCAUAAACUAUGGUUCCUUCACCAUUAAAUCAGAUGUUUGGUCCUUUGGCAUUCUGCUCACUGAAAUCAUUAGCUAUGGUCGCACACCGUAUCCAGGUAUGACAAAUCCAGAGGUGAUCCGUGCUCUGGAGAGAGGUUACCGAAUGCAGCGUCUGGACUCCUGUCCUCAAGAGCUCUAUGACAUCAUGCUGGAAUGCUGGAAGAACAAGCCAGAGGACCGGCCCACCUUUGAGUACCUGCAGAGUAUACUGGAGGACUUUUACACUGCCACAGAGAGCCAGUAUCAGCAACAGCCUUGAGACACACACACACACACACACACACACACACACACUUUGACACAACCUUGAUCUUGCAUAAAUCCCCUUUAUCAGGAUGAAAUGUACACAUAUGUAACUUAUCCAUGCCAACCUGUUGACUUUAUACAUAUGUAGUGAAAUUAAAUGUGAAAAGUUAUAGUGUGUUAGUUAUUUAAUGAUAUGCAAAUGAAUACAAUUUCAAAAUCUCAGUAAUAGCAGUUUUAUUCCUAUCAUGCAGAGCCCUUUGCCUUACACUGAGUGUUGCACAACAGAAGCUAUAUAAAGUUAGAAUUUUAAUAUAAAAAAUGUGAGAAAUAAUAUUCUUUUUUCGUGUUAUAACUUGUCUGAUUUAUUUGUAAAAACCCAAUGACAGUUGUAUUUUAGAGCUAAUCAUAUGUGUGUGUGUAUGUAAUUGAGAGUACACAUAGAGCAAUAAAAUAAAUUGUAGCUUUGAUUGCUUAAGAAAAGAUCAUUUCUAAAACUUCAACCUACAUUAGGUUUCAAAGAAGUUAUUGUGGAUUAGGAAAUGUAUAUACAUGUAUUUGCUCAGAAAAAAAAAAAUCCAUUUUAAAUCAUUGCUCCAAACAUU